UAAUGGCCUUUCUUCUCUAGGUGUCUGUCAGAAGGACUCUUCCAGACAUCCAAACCAUCCCCGAACAGCCCACUGGGGGCCCGAAAGCAAGGAGCGGCAACUUCCGGAGAGGAGCUGAGGUAGCCAUGUUUCUGUAAUUUCACUACAAAAUGACAGGAUGGUGCUAAACAAUGUGCGUUUGUUGACCAUUUUGUUUAAUUCAUGUUUCCAUUUCCUGAGACAGGCUGUUGCUUCAGGAUACAAAAUGACAGCAGUCGUCUUUAGUCCUAGCAAGAAUGUCAUGAAUGUGGAUGAGGUCCAAAGAAAGGGCUAUGCAAUAGCCAACACUCCCACACGGCUGGUGUUAAGAAGCCCUCAUAAUGCAGAGGAGACAUACCUUCAGAAUGUAGCUGGGGUUCCGAUGCGGGUGCUCUCAACCUCAACCUUCUUUGAGCAGAAGUGGCUGGUUACUCGAGUAGAUGCCACGGCUGUUUGUCCAACACCAGGGGCAGUUGCCUUUACUCCAGAAGUGAUCACCUGGUACAUGCCCAAGCACAUAGACCCACUUUUCUCCUCUGAUGCCUUCACCAUGUUGGAGGUGUACAUGGGAAUUGACGCUAAGAGGCUGAACACUGAGGAAAUGGCUGCCAGAAACUUCUCUGUUUUAGUCACAGAGGCUCAUAUUAUUGUUGAAAUUCCGGUGGGGGCGGUUGGCGGCUAUUUCAAGAGCCAUAUUCAGGAUGACCAGUACUUUGUCACUUACACCAUUGAGCCCAUGCUUGAGUUGCUGUGGAUCGAGGAGCUCGCACACGAGGACACCAGCUAUAAAGUCCUCUUCCCUAUCACAACACCUCCGAUGGCCAGGCCUCCACAAGUUCGCAACUACACGCCCUUAGACACAGUUCCUGAGCAGGCAGUGUUUGUGCUUGAGUUGGGGACCUUCAACCUUGAUGUGGAGCUGCUGAACAUCACCUUUCCCACCAUGGUGCUAACUGUUGCAGAGUGCAACGCCAGGGGCUUCAAUGUUCAGGAGCAGAGAUCCCCGGACAACACCUUGAAGACCUUCAGGAUGGAGGUGCCCUUCUCAGACCCGGUGGUCUUUAAGGAGAGAAGGGCGGAACAAGGGGUCACAACCUUCACUCUUCAGCUGAUCUACGGCCUGGUCAUCUUUCCAGAGUACGCUCCUUUCUCUCACUCUGCCGUUGUGGACGCUGUACUGCUGGACAUUGUGCCACCCUCAGUCACUGGCAACUGUGAUCAGGAGAACUUCCACAUCACUGUGGAUUACAGGAACCAAGAGCCCUUUGUGGUCUUGGUUGGCAAGCGGCUGCUUAACCAUGAGUUUGCUCAACGGUAUUUAACAGAGGGCGACACAGACUUCACCAUCACGUUGCCCUUCUCUUCGCCGGACGCAGUGUUUGAGUCGGUUCACUCGUCCUCUGUCAGGAGCAGACUGGAUGUGGCUCUGUUGAAUCCUUACAACAACAUGACCAUCAAAUACUUUUCCCUGGCUUGCAGCUUCCUCAAAACGCUGACUGAGUGUUUCUCUAACGGAACGAUGACUGCGCUGGCGGUGAAGGUGGAUUCUGUUCCCGGUCUGAACCCCGGUCAGCUGACCCUGAGCGACCCCGCCUGUGGUCCCACCUACAGUGACGAUCGCUUCGCCUACUUCCACUUCACUGUGAACUCCUGUGGCACCACCAGGAAGUUUAUCAACAAUGUCAUGCUGUAUGAGAACGAAAUCUCCUUGCCAGAUGAACUUGAGGUGAAGCUGAAUGCCACGACGUCUUCAGAGGAGGAAUAUCAGUUAAAGGUUUCCUGCUACUAUGUGGCCAACAUCACUCGCACAUUGGCCUUCCUGACCCGGCCGCGUGACAACGAGCCUUUUGCCGAGACUGGGAAGGGUCGACUAAUGGUCAGAAUGAGACUCGCUCAGGACGCCUCGUAUAACACGUUCCACCAGGAGGAGGACUAUCCAGUGGUGAGGUACCUGAGACAGCCUCUGCAAUUUGAGGUGGAGCUGACCACGACCUCUGAUCCCAAGGUAGCGCUGGUGCUUGACCACUGCUGGGCCACCCUCAACGAGGACCGUGACUCCCGACCCCGGUGGAAUCUCAUCAUUAAUGGCUGUGAGAACCCCGAGGAUCCAUACAAUGUGGUCUUCCACCCGGUAGUAGCUGAUGCCAGGGUCCACUUCCCCCCUCACGUCAAACGCUUUGAGGUCUAUAUGUUUUCCUUCGCUGAGGAUGCGGUUGAGCCGAGUGGCCAGGUCUUUGUCCAUUGUGAUGUGGUCAUCUGUGAUGCCAGUAGUCCCUCUGGCGGCCACUGUAGUGGACAAUGUGUGAAUCAGGACAACCCGAAAAGAGGUAGGUCUUGUUUUAUGCUUUUCAGACCCUGGCAGACCAUAACUGAACUAAUAGUUUCUCUCUCUCAACAGGUCAACGACAUGUCAAAGACCUCUCCGAGGAGCGUCAUUUAUAUGUUUCUUCUGGAUACAUUCUUUGGAUGUAAUGUCUUGUUCUAACAUGUCAAAUAAAGUGUUCUAUAUA